ACUGCACCUCCACUCUUUCUUUUUCAACUAAGAUUGACACUCCCAGGCUUAUCUUCAGCCGCAAGAAGAAGCGCCAUUCUUCAAACCCUGAACUCUCUCCCUCUUCACAUCACCCACUUCGCCACCUUGCAAGAACCACCGAAAGACCCAAUACCCAUCAACGAAGAUGCUGCUCCAACCUUCUCUCCACAACCACAACCCUUCGAUCUCGCCCUCCCUGUCCUACCCCCGCCCCCUGCAGUCGAAGGUCUCCCACAUCAUCCUCCGCUACAGCUCGAUCCCCUUCAAGCCGCCGGCCAUAUCGUGCUCGGUGUCGCAGGUCCACAGCUACAACACGGUGGACUACGAACGGAGGCCGAUGGUGAAGUGGAGCGCCGUGUUCAAGAGGAUAUCGCUCAUGGAGACCCCCGAGCUCGGGGCGGCCACCGUGCUGAACCAGUGCGAGGGCGAGGGCAAGAAGCUGACCAAGUGGGAGCUCUGUCGGGUGGUCAAGGAGCUGAGGAAGUACAAGCGGUACAAGCCGGCUCUCGAGGUGUAUGAUUGGAUGAACAAUAGAGAAGAGAGGUUCAGAUUAUCUGCCAGUGAUGCUGCCAUUCAAUUGGAUCUGAUUGCCAAAGUGCACGGCAUUUCUAGUGCUGAAGAUUUCUUCUUGAAGCUACCGGAUACUUUGAAGGACAGAAGGAUAUAUGGGGCUCUUCUCAAUGCGUAUGUGCGCGCCAAAGAGAAAGAGAAGGCAAUAUCCUUGAUUGACAAAAUGAGAGAGAAAGGCUAUGCCAUGCAUGCUCUCCCGUUCAAUGUGAUGAUGACCCUCUACAUGAAUCUUAAGGAUUAUGCAAAAGUUGAUGCUCUGGUGUCAGAAAUGAUGGAGAAGAAUAUACAACUUGAUAUGUACUCGUACAACAUUUGGUUAUCAUCUCGUGGGUCCCAGGGAUCUGUGGAAGGAAUGGAGCAAGUUUUUGAACAGAUGAAACAGGACAGUACGAUCAACCCCAACUGGACAACAUUUAGCACGAUGGCAACAAUGUAUAUAAAGAUGGGACAGCUGGAAAAGGCUGAGGAUUGCUUGAAAAAGGUGGAGAGUCGAAUCACUGGCCGAGAUCGGAUUCCUUAUCAUUAUCUCAUUAGUCUGUAUGGUACUGUUGGUAACAAAGAGGAAACAUAUAGGGUAUGGAACACUUACAAAACAGUUUUUCCCACUAUCCCGAACCUUGGAUACCAUGCCAUGAUAUCGUCUCUUGUCCGGAUCGGCGAUAUCGAGGGGGCAGAAAAGAUGUACGAGGAAUGGCUUUCAGUGAGGACAUCUUUUGACCCUAGGAUAGGAAACCUUCUCAUGAGCUUUUAUGUUAAAGAAGGAAAAUUGGACAAAGCCGAGGGCAUUCUUGAUCGAAUGGUUGAAUUGGGAGGGAAGCCAAAUUCAAGUACGUGGGAGAUUCUCGCAGAAGGUCAUACUGGGGAAAGAAGGAUUUCUGAGGCUUUUUCUUGCUUUAAGGAUGCAUUUUUAGCCGAUGGGUCGAAAAGUUGGAGGCCUAAGCCGGUGACCGUGUCUUAUUUCUUCGACCUUUGCGAGGAAGAAGGUGAUUUGGAAACCAAAGAGGCUUUAGUAGGGUUGUUGAGGCAGUCGGGAUUUCUUGAAGAUAAAAUGUAUGCAUCGUUUUUUGGCUUAUCUAAUGGAGCUCUGAAAGAUGAAGCUGGAUCCCAGGAUGAGGGUGAUGGAUCCGAGGUGCUUCUCAACCAACUGCAGGGUAGCGUGUGAUGCACUUGGGGUCUGCUUUAUUGAAAAUCUGUCAUCUACUUGGAGUUGACAGUGAAAAUUACUAAGCAGGGCAUGGAAAUCCAAGUUCUGAAGACCUAGACUCGAGCAUUGUAGAUAUUGUGACAGAAUAAUCAGACCUCCUGUUUGCAGUCCCAGAAUGUGAAGCUUGAUAUGCUUCUUGCUGUGAAGAUGACCUUAUGUACGCGGGAAUCGCUCAUGAGACCGAUCCAGCUUCUUUAUCUUAUUUAUUUUUUAUAACUCUCCACCAUUGUUCAUCGACAUCUGUUAAAAGCAAUUUUGGCAUCAUGAAGCUUUCGGGUUCUGAUGUA